CAGUUGCCAAUGUAAACACAGGAACGAACGGAAACAUAGCAGCGUACAAAUAUUCUCCACAUUCUCUUGGAAAUGUCCUAUAAAUAUUUAGCGCGUUGGAAAAUACCAGACAACAAUUUCUAUCCCAUUUCAAUCAUCUGUGCUGCGAACAACGAUCAACAAAGCACGACCGUAAUGGUUGCAAGUGUUGAGCAGGUGGUUUCUGUCUCCAUGACGACCCUUACUCGGGAACAGAACGAAGCAAAAGUAUUCGCAAGAUGUGAACAAGAAUUUGAUGAACCUGUACGUGAACUGAAAAGGACUGAAUCGAACGUAUUACUAAUCUCAUCUGAUGGUAAUUUGCUGGUGUAUGAAGCGUUGGAUGAAAAGUUCGUGCAGAUCGAUGCCUGCAAUCAUGUCCUGCACGCUGAGCAAGGUCCUGACAAGAGACAGCUUUUUAUAGUGAGGCAAACCAGUGCCGGAAAAAUAGUACUGGAGUUGAUAGAACUAUCCGACGGAUUUUCGUCCCACCUUACGCUCAAGAGCUGCGAUCUGGUCAUUGAAAGUAUCGAUUCCACAGCCCGGCUUAGCAUCAAAUGUUUGAUAGUGAAUGAAGUGAAUGAACGGUUUUUGGGCAACUUUCUCGGCUUCACAAAGCUUUCCGUGGGAGACCAGGUGCUGUUGAUUGCCAUUAAUAACACGCUGUAUUGGGUGCAGGAGCAAGCCAAUGGCGAAAGUGAUCUGAUCGCGCUGCGGUGCUUUGCCUCUUGUGUACUGGAUUUUGAUUUCUUCGAGAGCAGCCUAUGCCUAACUGUUCUGCUGCAGGCAGGUGUGUUGGUCAUCUUUGCCCAAUCGCUUGACCCGGAAGCGCUCCUGGUGGCAACCUCAUCGGUGUUCCUUCACGCCCCAGUCGAAGCAUAUGCAUUCGAGAAAGCAAAUAACGGGUUCCUGUACUCGAACGGGCUUAGCACACAUCGUGUGCAAUUUUACUACUCGGAAGAAACAAAACAAAUCAUCACGGAAAGUAGCGAAGUACCUGUUCGAGGCGUGAUAGGCAUUACGGUGCUUGCAAGCGAAUCGGUCGCAUUGCUGUUGACAGAAAAUAAUCAAUUCUACACCAUCGAUUGCAGGGAGAGCGAGAAGCAGACAAGUGUAGCUGAUGUUCCAAAAAUGUUUUUACUUCGCAAGGAUAAUCGUGCGGGUUCGAAACGUAUCACAAAGAUACUCACGGAAGAAGUGCAAUUUGACCAACGUAUAGAUAGGGCCCUGCAAGUUGUGCAGGCUAAAUUCGACGUGCUAGCACUGUAUCAAAACAGAACAGCUUUCGAAGCGCUUGCCCAUAUGGAUGUUACAUUUCAUCGUGAAAUGCCACCCAGAAAAGGGAAAGCUCUUCUGUUUGGACAUCGCAAGGAGUGUGUGUGUUUGUUUGCCAGUGUGAAAAUAGCCAUUAACCAAGGGUUUUUUGCUUUACUUUCCAAGCAAAAACAGUGGAGCAUUUGCAUUGCCCAAAGCGACAGCGAUUUGCACUCCUAUCCCGUGCUUGGCACGUUCAGUCCAGCAGGGGAACUCUCGGCAAUUGUGUGCUUAACUGCACAAGAUUUGGCAUGCGGAUUACCGACAUUUCGCUGCAUGCUGGUUACAACGGUUCAAAAUGGAAAUGAAAGCCUACUACUGUCGAUUCCCAUGCCUGCACAUAUAGAAUCAACGAACUCGUGUGCUGCUCGGUUGAUACACCGAACGCCAUCGUCUUUAAUCGUGUCCGGGUGUUGUGUGAAAAACGCUGCUAAGGACAUUAUCGCACAAAACAAUCCUCACCCGGUUCGGCAGCAGGACGAGAAGCGUACCAUCACGUACUGCAUUCGAAAUGAGCAAUCUAAAACGAAAGCAGCCAGCUUUUCUAGUGUCCUGGAAGUUAAACCCGAUGACACCUGGUUCGCAUUGGAUGCACCGGUCCGUAUGCGUUGGCACGGAGAAAAAGCCACACUGUGCGCGAAAACAGAUUGUCCAGUAGCGAUGGAUUUGGUCAAGCGCUUGCUGCUGGAUACGGAAGAGUAUUUGGCUGAAAUGGAAGAGAGAAGAGAUAAGCUAAAAGGUCUAUCGCUCGAACUACAGGCAGUCAGCGAUGGUAGUUUAAUAAUCCAGCUGUACCGGAAAUUAAGAAACAACGAUAUCGUGGAGGAUGAUGUUCCAGCCAGCUUCUAGGCAGUGCAGAGCUUACUUUGUAUCAUCGAGCGUGCGCCACCAGCAGUUUCAGUUUAAUCAUUUUUUUUAAAGCAAUCCCAACCCAAAGAGCGCCGUUCAUUCAUCGUCCAACAACUGACAGCUGUAACAGGUGCGCGUGUGUAUUGGUGUUGCAGCCCACGCGACGAAGCAACCGAUGGUUUUGCAAAACAAAAACAAAUCACUCACACCAACAAAGAGCUGUGUCGACGUGCGAGCGGACAUCAAUUGCGUACUGCUGCUGCUGCUGC